AUGUUCAUCAAAAAAAUAAUCGAAAGCAUAUUUAUUGCAAUUAUACUUCAACUCAUUGGAGUACAGGGUGCCGUUGAAAUCAUUAUAGAGGAUGUACUUUUUCCAACUUUUAGUAAAGAAUAUUUAACCGAGCCAGAUGUUUAUGUAGAUGUUAACAACCAAUUGUUUGCUAACUUUUCGAUAGUUAAACAAUUUCCACCGGAUGCUCAAGUUCACUUCGAAAUACUAGGAGCUUCGAUGGGUGAAUAUGUCAUAGAAACUGGAAUCGAAAUACAGAUGAGCUUGUGUGAAAUGAAAGAUGAACCUGUUAUACUGAAUCCUAUUCUUGGAAUGUUUGGAUUAAGUGUCUCCGAUUGUCCACAUCCUGUUGGUGUUUAUGGAAAUCAAAACAUUGAAAUACCAAUGGAAUUAUUGCCAGAUGAAUUUAUACCCAAUAAAUAUCUAGUAGUCGGCGAAUUUCUAAAUGAAGAGGAGAAAUUAUUAGUACUUAUGAUAUACAUUACUAUUCAUUAG